AUGGAUAAAUCGAUGAGCAACAGAUUCCGGUACCACUUCUCCGCCACGAAGAUGGUCUUCUGGACCUGCAUUUUCCUCGGCCUCAUCUUUCUCUUCUUCCUCCACGCCCCUCAGCACCACUCGGACCCCGUACCUCGCCGCCGGAUCCUGCGCUCGCCCGAUUGGGAGUCGCGGGUCGCCAAAUCGUCGCAGCCAAGGUCGCGAGCAGGCGGGAUGCGGGUUCUGGUGACGGGGGCGGCGGGAUUUGUCGGCACGCACGUCUCCGCCGCAUUGCGGCGGCGCGGCGACGGAGUGGUGGGGCUCGACAACUUCAAUUCCUACUACGACCCGUCGCUGAAGCAGGCGCGGCGGGCGGUGCUGGAGCGGGCCGAGGUUUUCGUCGUGGAAGGCGACGUCAACGACGCCGCCUUGCUGAGGAAGCUCUUCGAGCUGGGGAAGUUCACCCACGUGAUGCACCUGGCGGCGCAGGCCGGAGUCCGGUACGCGAUGAAGAAUCCGGCGUCGUACGUGCACAGCAACAUCGCCGGGCUGGUCGCGCUCUUCGAGGCCUGCAAAUCGGCAGACCCUCAGCCGGCGAUCGUUUGGGCCUCGUCGAGCUCGGUCUACGGGCUCAACACCAAAGUGCCGUUCUCCGAGAAGGACCGGACCGACCAGCCGUCGAGCCUCUACGCCGCCACGAAGAAGGCCGGCGAGGAGAUAGCCCACACUUACAACCACAUCUACGGGCUUUCCAUCACGGGCCUGAGGUUUUUCACGGUGUAUGGGCCGUGGGGGAGGCCCGAUAUGGCUUACUUCUUUUUCACCAAGGAUAUGCUGAAGGGGAAGCCCAUUCACGUUUUCGAAGGGCCCAAUCAUUUCACGGUGGCGAGGGAUUUCACUUACAUCGACGAUAUAGUGAAAGGGUGCCUGGGGGCGCUGGACACGGCGGAGAAGAGCACCGGCAGCGGCGGAGUGAAGAAGGGGAAGGCUCAAUUGAGGGUUUACAACUUGGGGAACACUUCUCCCGUUCCCGUGGGGAAGCUUGUGAACAUUUUGGAGAAGCUGCUGAAGGUGAAGGCGAAGAAAGUAGUGAUGCCGAUGCCGGCGAAUGGGGACGUUCUGUUUACUCACGCGAAUAUCAGCCAGGCUCAGAGGGAUUUCGGGUACAGACCAACGACGGAUUUGCAGUCGGGAUUGAAGAAGUUCGUGAAAUGGUAUUUGGAUUACUAUCACUCCGACGGAGCUUUGAAGAGUUCUUUGUAA